AGAUAUUUUAUUCUUGUGCCUAUCAAUCACAUAGAGAUCGUUUAGGCUGUUGCUCACCAAACCAAUGAACAAUGGAACUCAUAGCAUCGGUGAAUCUUCCAGCUCAACUUCAGUAAGUAGUCAACAGGAUGUUGAGGAUGACAGGAUGAUAGCUGUUGUACUAUCUGAAGAGUAUGCUAAGUUAGAUGGUGCGGUUGGCCGGCGGCUUUCCAACCUGGAACCUGUUCGGCAUGUCCCACGGAUAAAUUCCUACAUCCCCAACCUCAAUGAUGCUAGUUUGGAUCACCAACGACUGCUUCAGAGGCUAAAUAUUUAUGGUUUAUAUGAAGUUAAGGUCUCUGGGGAUGGAAACUGUCAGUUUCGUGCACUGUCAGACCAGAUUUACAGAUCACCUGAGUAUCACAAGCAUGUUCGGAAGGAGGUGGUUAAACAGCUUAAGGACUGCCGUUCUUCUUAUGAAGGCUAUGUUCCAAUGAAGUACAAACGCUAUUACAAGAAAAUGGCUAAAUCCGGUGAAUGGGGGGACCAUGUUACCCUACAAGCAGCAGCUGAUAAGUUUGCUGCAAAGAUAUGUCUUUUGACUUCGUUCAGAGAUACGUGUUUUAUUGAAAUUAUUCCUCAACAUCAGGAGCCUAAACGAGAGCUGUGGUUAAGCUUCUGGUCUGAGGUGCAUUACAAUUCACUUUAUGAAAUCCAAGACGCUCCGGUACAACAUAAGCCAAGGAGGAAACACUGGUUGUUCUAACUUCUAAGGGAAAGAGACUGCUUGGCGCUUGCUAUUCAGUAUUCAUAUAACAUACAGGAAAAUGUCAACAAAUUAUUUUAGGUGCAUAUUUUCAUACGUGUGAUGUUUUGUCAUUUCUUUUCUUUACAUAAUGUUCAUUCUAUUUUUUUCUUUUAAUAAAUUGUCUCUUUUGACGUUUGUUAAUUAACAUGUU